CCUGGAAGAGUUUUUUCGACGCGGAACUAAAAGAAAAAAACAUUCUAUUCCGCUGCAUAUUUUGUGUUAAUAAACCAAAAAAUGGCCGACGUAUUGGACAUAGAUAAUGCCGAGGAGUUCGAGGUCGACGAGGAUGGCGACCAGGGCAUAGUACGCCUGAAGGAGAAGGCGAAACAUCGCAAGGGACGCGGUUUUGGCAGCGACAGCAACACCCGUGAAGCUAUCCACAGCUACGAGCGAGUGCGGAACGAGGACGAUGAUGAGCUGGAGCCAGGACCACAGCGCUCCGUGGAGGGCUGGAUUCUGUUCGUGACCUCCAUACACGAGGAGGCGCAGGAGGAUGAGAUCCAGGAGAAGUUCUGCGACUACGGCGAGAUCAAGAAUAUCCACCUCAACCUGGAUCGCCGAACCGGCUUUUCCAAGGGCUAUGCCCUCGUAGAGUACGAGACCCACAAACAGGCGCUCGCCGCCAAGGAGGCGUUGCACGGGGCAGAAAUAAUGGGACAGACCAUCCAGGUGGACUGGUGCUUUGUGAAGGGACCCAAGCGGGUGAAGAAAUCCGAAAAGCGCCGCCGAUAGACGACUCCCAGCCAAACGAAUACAUUUUUAAUUAGUUUAAUGCAUAGGCAACCGUACAAAGUCUAUAUGAAUUGAAAUAAAGGAUACUAAGGACUUAAAAAUUA